AUGGAAGUUUCGGCUUUUGAUCCGUUAACAAUCAACUUCGACUAUUCAGUCCCACCACCACCAAUGGGAUGUCUGUAUGAGAGUCCUCAUUGUAAUGGUGACGCCGGUGCACACAGUCCUGCGCCACCUUCCAAUAUUCAGCGAAAAACGGUUUACAAAAAUGGAACUGUAGAGUUGACCAUAAUUGACGAUGAACCGUCACCAUCUAUUCCUUACAGUAGCCGGGACGCAAGUGAUCAACCCGAUGAAAUUGCCAAGAAUCUAUCGGGUGUUGGCGAGUUGCUUUCAACACUUAGAGGCGAGGAAGUUGUUGACAGAAAGCGCAUAAUCCUUGACAGUUAUGGACUGGACAUCAAUAGGCCAAGAAGGCCGCUACCAGAAUGUCGGAUUGCCCAAGUAGUGCAGCGCAUUGCAUUUGGAGAUCACCAAGAUCCGUGCGAUUUACCGCCUCCUCCACCUCAUCCAACGGAUGUCGUAUCGGUACGUAAACUUAUGCGAUCGAAAAUGGUUCGAUGUAAGCGCUGUAAAAACCGCUUCAUAGAAAAAAACAUUUAUGAGCGGCAUCUGAGGGAUAGACAUCCUGAGGAUUAUACUGCAUAUAUCGAGGAACAGGUCGGUGUUUCUCAUGAUCAGUUUGCUUUAAAUGUGUGUGUUUUGGUGAACAAAAUACUUAAUGAGGCUGAAAUGGAACAGCAACGACAAGAAGAAAUUGAAGCAAACCGGAUUGAAGAGCUUCAAACUGGAGGUUUCAUUCCUCCAGAGUCAGAAAUCGAGGCUUCCUCCUUUGAAGUUGACAUUGAAGGAAUUCCGCUUCCUGGUGAGAAUAAUGGUGGAGUAGCCCCUCGUUUUGAUCAAUAUGGCAGAUUGAAACAACUAAAACGUCCGUAUAAAAAGAAGAUAUCUCCCCAAUGCCCAUUUUGUGACAAACGGUUUCGUAACGAAUAUUCGCUUAAAAAGCACUUUGUAAAGAAACACGCUGAACUAGUUGAAUUCAAGCAAUGCACGAGAUGUUACAAGUGCGUGAAAGAUGAUGAAGAAAUGGAGAAUCACCUUUGUGAAUUGACAUUUGUCUGCUUCGAGUGCACACCAAUUCGUAAUCUCUGCAGCGACGUACGACUACUUAAUCACAGAAAGAAGUUUCACCGAGGUGCAAAUUCUGGCUUCAAAUGUAACCUGUGCAAUUUGAAAUUCUUAACUCCGCGAAAGCUGCGAAAGCAUAAGAAGAUGUCUCACGUAUUCACAAAAACCUAUCAGUGUCACUUUUGUGAAGAGAUUUUUAUCAGUGAAGUUGCGGUGAUGACACAUGAAAGAAUCCAUACAGGAAUGAUAAAGUUUGAAUGUCGUAUAUGCGAUUAUAAGGCAAAUCGCUUCAUUCAAAUGGAUGAACACUGUAAAAACGAGCAUGGCUAUAUCUGCUCUAUCUGUCAGGAAAAAACUGCCGAGUGGAGCGAUAUGAAACAUCAUACGCUAGUAAAGCACGGCGGGUAUCUGGCUACAGAACAGAAUGCUGGUGAGACUAACUAA